AUGCACCCUAUCAAUGCCUUGAAAGAUAUUGGGGCACUACAGAGAAUGAUUAGGGAAAUGAUGGAGCUUGAAGCCAGAAGAGGGGAAAGGCCCACCUACAGAAAGCCAUAUCCGGCUUAUAUUGAUCAGAUACCUCUAUUCUCGGGUUUCAAGGUGCCAAACUUCACCUUGUUCAACGGAGAAAAUCCCUAUGCUUUAUCAGUUGAGCAUAUAGGUAGAUUCUCUGUCCAGUGCAUAGCCAUAGAAAAUAACCCUCUGUUAAAGUUAGGGCUUUUCGGGAAUUCUCUCUCUGGACAAGCCUUCACAUGGUACACCAGUCUAUUAGCUAAUUCUGUUCAAACCGAACAAAUGGAAAAUGUUUUCCAUGACUACUAUUUCAGGAUCCAGCUAGAAGUUACCAUCAGUGAUCUUGCUGCCCUUAAACAGAAUGUAGAUGAGCCUGCUCAGGAAUUCAUAACCAGAUUCAGAAAACUCACGAUGAAAUGCCGGAUCCCUAUGGAAGAAAAGCACUUCAUCCAGAUGGCUCAAAUCGCCUUUAAAAUCUCUAUGAGAAAAAAGAUUGACGGGAUGCUGUUUGGAGAUCUGGCAGAACUAGCAGACAAGACAUCUAAAUAUGAGGAGCUUCUUAAGGAAGAACAACAGAAAAGGAACUCUUCCAAAGGCACAUACUACAAAUCCCUUUCUUCUUCAGUCCAUCUGGUCGAGGUGGAAUCAGAAGAAGAUGGAAGGCUCGGAGGAAAGAGAAAUUUCAGUGGCAGAAAUGGAAAAAUUGAAACAUCCCAUCAGCUGCAAGGCUCUUACAAAGCCACUAAAGGACCAGAAGCCACCACCAUUCACAAGAGGGUUUGUUCUAAACAAACCAACCCAGAACAAGGCUGCCCAAGCCAGAAUAACUCAAGGGCAGACGGUAUUGCAGGUGGCACAACUCUUGGAACCAUUCCACCAACAGCUGUCUUGUCUUCAGGGAUGUCAUACAAGAAGGAAUAA